AUGGCCAACAAUCGCCUUCGUCAAGUCCAAAAUCACCUCGAAGCCAAUGAUCCCGUGGCUGAUCCAAGUCGGAUCGAUGGCCAUGUCAUUAUCAUCACCGGCGCAGCUCAAGGAAUCGGCCGAUCAGCCGCAAUUCUUUUAGCACAAAAAGGAGCAAAAAUUGCCUUGAAUGAUCUAGAUGUGACCAAAGCCCAGGAAGUGGUGGAUGAGAUACGUGCUGCGGGUGGUGAAGCUGAAUGUUAUCCGGGAAAUGUACUCGACGAGGCCUUUCCACAACGGCUGGUUGAUGCGGUUCUUGCGAGAUGGAGAGUUAUUCACGGUCUUGUCAAUAAUGCUGGCUUCUGCCACGACAGCGCAAUCCACAAAAUGGACGAUGAAAAAUUUGACAUCAUCAUGAAGGUGCAUAAUUACACGCCUUUUCGGAUGAUCAGGGCAUUAUCGUCUCACUGGAUGGAUUCUGCCAGUAGACACAUCCCCAAGACGAUCGUCAAUGUAUCUUCAACGUCUGGUCUCCACGGCGCAAUGGGCCAGAUCAACUACUCAACCGCCAAAGCGGGGAUUGUGGGGUUAACCAAGACGGUUGCUUCAGAAUGGAGUCGAUACAACGUACGAGCAAACGCAGUGGCAUACGGCUGGAUUGACACGCGCAUUACUCGGCCACCAACACAAUCUGAAGUGCUCAACGUGGGCGGCCAAGAGAUCCGACCUGGCAUACCUCUCAAUGCGAAGAAAUGGAGGGAUGUGUCUGAUAUACCACUGGGACGACCGGGAUAUGCUUAUGAAGCAGCACGGGUGAUGCUCUUCCUGUCGAGUCCGCUUUCGUCGUAUGUUACAGGGACUUGCAUUGAGUGUACAGGUGGGAGGUUUAUGUGA